AUGGCCAAUACUUCAGACUCACUGUCAGUUCUCAAGUCUUUAACUCCUUUAGGCACGGUGACUACAUCCGCUGCAUCCUCUUUACUGACCGUCAAAAGUUCCAAGGCUAUCUCCUGUAAAAAGUCAUCCCUUGCCACUGCACAGUUAAUCCGUCGUUAUCACACCCUUAAUAAGGAGCUUUCUAAGUGCUUGGCACGAAUUGAGAGUAGCAAAGCCAAUGAUAACUCAUCAAGCCAUGGUCAUUCUCAGAACUACUCUCAACAGGAUACCGCAGCGGACCUUGCGAGGAUUACUGAGAUCCGUCAAGAAAUGGAUGAUCUUGGCGGGCUAGACAUGUACCAAAAAGCAUCUACCCUUGGUCAAUCCAAACAACGUGGAGGUGACUCGAGUAAGUGGCUAGUACCUAUCUUAGAGAGCCACUAUCUUCAACUGAAUAAAAAGCCUGGGCUACCAUUGAGGCUGUUGGAUAUCGGCGCGUUAUCUCCAUACAACUACCAAAAAUAUUCUUCUUGGAUCCAAACCACGCCAAUAGACCUUAACCCACAGGAUCCUUUGAUCGCGAAAAUGGACUUCCUUGAGAUGCCUAUCCCUACAGACCGAGAGCACCUCUUUGAUGUAGUCUGCCUUUCAUUGGUGAUCAACUUUGUAGGUGAUCCUAAGCAGCGUGGAGAGAUCCUACGUCGGUCCACAUACUUCUUGAUGCCUGGAACAGGGAUAUUAUACUUAGUCUUGCCAUUACCUUGCAUCCAAAACUCCCGGUAUAUGGACCACGGUUUGCUCGUGGAGAUGAUGCAAGCCCUUGGAUACACAUCUUUACUGAAGUAUCAUUUUGCAAGGAAAUUAGCCUACUAUGCUUUCAAGCUCGAUGCUGCUGUUGCAGCGCCAAAAAAUAAACACAAGGCCCAUCGAUCUUCAGAGAACGUAGCACAUCCAUUGUUUCCCAAAAAACUACGCCAUGACAAACCCAAUCGGAACAAGUAG